UAAAGAGUCAGCGCCACAUUCACACGCACCUGUAGGAUGAAGAUGCUGCCUGUGCUCUGAAGAGUUGGGAUUUAUUCUUUUUUUUUUUUCUUUUUUUUUUUUUCCCCUCCUCCACCACCAAGUUCGCGCCGGAGUUAUAGACACUUUUGCAAAGAGAAAAUGGCAGCAGCCUCGACAGAUUCGGGACAGGGUUCCUCCAAAAUCACCCCCGAAGUGCUGCAGGAGAUGCUCCAGUUCUACAACCUGAGCCGCCAGGAGUUCAUCAACACUUACAACAUCCAGCCGCUCGUCUACAUCCCCGAGCUGCCGUACAGCGCCAAGACCACCUUCGUCAUCAUGUACGUGGUGAUCUUCGUCCUGGCUCUGGCUGGAAACAGUCUGGUCAUCUACAUAGUUCUGAAGAAGCGGGCGAUCCAGACGGCCACGGACAUCUUCAUCUGCUCCCUGGCGGUCAGCGACCUCCUCAUCACUUUCUUCUGCAUACCUUUCACUUUGUUGCAGAACAUCUCGUCUGAAUGGUUUGGAGGGGUUCUCGUUUGCAAGACAGUUCCUUUUGUGCAGACCACAGCCAUAGUGACAGGCAUCCUGACGAUGACCUGCAUCGCCAUUGAGAGAUACCAGGGCAUCGUCUUCCCUCUGAAAAUGAGGCGGCAGUACUCGUCUAAACGAGCGUACAAGAUGCUUGGGCUUGUAUGGAUGGCUUCUGUAAUCGUGGGUUCACCGAUGCUAUUUGUGCAGCAGCUAGAGGUGAAGUAUGACUUCCUGUACGAUCACUACCACGUGUGCUGUCAGGAGAGCUGGAGCUCGCUGACCUACAGACAAGCGUACACCACCUUCAUCAUGGUGGCUCUGUUCCUGCUCCCUCUGGCAGCCAUGCUGUUCCUCUACACGCGCAUCGCUAUUGAGCUGUGGAUUCGCAAGAGGGUGGGCGACGCGUCGGUCCUGAAUACCAUGAACCACAGGGAGAUUGGCAAGAUCUGCAGGAAAAAGAAAAGAGCUGUGAAAAUGAUGGUCACAAUCGUCCUGCUAUUCACCAUUUGCUGGGCUCCUUUCCACACAGUCCACAUGCUGUUUGAGUACAAUGAUCUGGAAAAGAAGUACGACGGCGUCACCCUGAACAUGAUCAUCGCCAUUGUUCAGGCCAUUGGAUUCUUCAACAGCUUCAACAAUCCAAUCGUGUACGCCUUCAUGAAUGAGAACUUCAAGAAGAGCUGCGUUUCCACCCUCUCCCACUGUCUCCGUAAACCGAACCACCAGGGUGCCGCCACAGUCGCGCCGAGACUAAGCGUGCAGUUCAUCAAACCACAGAGCAGGGAAGCCUUCGUGAACGCAGAUGAAGACAACAGCUCAGAGCAGCGCUCGGCAGAGAGGGGAGCCUCAUGCUCGUCAUCGCACAGAGAGAGCUCCCUGGGAAUUAUUGGAGAGAAAAUUUCAACCAUCCAAACCGAGCUCCCUCCGAACAGCUCUUCUCAAGUCAAAUAAAACGUUCGGGCGCUUUCGAUUUGCAAAUCUGCCGUUUGCGAUCAUCAGCUGCCACGGAAUUGGAGUAGCUUUGAGAACGUGACAAAUAAAGACUCGGCGCUCCAAAGCCUUUCGGCAUCCUCUGCAGCGCCAGGAGCCGGAGAAUGAGGAUUUAAAGCAGUCGGAACGUAGAAUGAGUUUUAUUGUAAAUAGGUGCAGCAACGGAAUCCGUACUGAGACACUGAAACGACUGUUUGCCAUUGAAACUGAGACUUUAUUUGUGCUUAAGAUGGAAUCUGGAACAUCAUGUUCACUGAGCGUUUAAAAACGAUGUUUUAUCAUGAAUUUCUGUGGUUUUCUGCUGCAGCAGCAACUAUUUAGAAAUGUUAAUGAAGAACACACUGCAGUGUCAUGCUUGUGGCGUGGAACUGUGGGUGCUCUUCUGCUUCAGUCGUUAAUUUGCUUUCGUUGUGCAUAAGCUGAAGUCGCUUCACGCUAAUUGUGCACUUUAUUGCUAGCCUGAAAAAUAAAAUAAAAUAAAAACACAUUUGAAGAGAUUUAAUAAUAUUAUGACUGGAAUUUAUCACUGUUUAAAUUCUAACUGAAUGUAUUUUUUUAAAGUCAGAUGCACAUUUGCUACAGUACUGCAACUCAACUCGGUGACAAAAGACUUUUGUUGUUUUGUUUUUGUUUUUAACUGACACUUAUUGAGGAUUAUGGCUUACGGCUGAUGAAAAUCCAAAACUUAAGUCUCCCAGAAAUUUCAAAUAUUACACCAAUAAAAAAAAAUAAAAAAAAUAAAAAAAAGCAAACAUCUUAACACAAAAGUCGACCUACUAAAAAAGUAUGUCCUUGUACUGAACAGUUUAUGUAUACAUAAGUUUCCUUUUGUAUGGACCUGACGGUCCUUAAGGGUGCCAAGUCCUGCUGAAAAAUGAAAUAUGCAUCCAACAAAGUUCAUCAGAAGAGUGAAGCUUUUGACUUAACAUUUCCUGAUAAACAACUGUGCCGACUUUGGAUUUGAUCAAACAAAACUUUUUCUUUUUUUCCUUCCA